GGAUUGAUGGGGCGGUGGUGGAGACUGACUGUGAACGCUGGUCUGCGGCAAGUAGCCCUGUGAAUCCGGUUCAGGGGUCGGGUCUCGUACUUCGUAUAGAGGUGGCUUGAGUGCCUGUCUGAUAGUGGUGCUGGGCUGAAACCAAUGACAUGGGAGGGCGGCGGGUGAAUUGGGUGACAACGGCUGGUGCUGGGAGUGGGAGCGGAUGUGGGAGUGGAUUGGAAUUAGAGGCGCUCCUGGGGCUGGGGGGCUGAUUACCAACUCUGUACAGCUAGGGCAGAGGGCCGGCCACUGAAGGCGGGAUAUUUGGGGUUGCAUCAAGCAAGGGACACACACGUGAAGUAGUGGGGGUUGCAGGUGCUGUGAGAACAGAUCCCACACUGCGGGGGAGGGGUUCACUCCAUCCCAAGCUCCCCCCCUUAUCCCCCUCUUCCCCUCCUCCCAUCUCUCCACCUCCUCUCACCUCUCUCCAACACCCUCCAGCCAUGCCUCCCCCCCCAAAGCCCAUCCACCUCGCCAUCUGCGGCGGCGGCCUCGGCGGCCUCGCCCUCGCCAUCGGCCUCCUCUCCUCCCCCCACAUCACAUUCACAAUCUAUGAAUCCGCCUCCGCCUUCGGCGAAAUCGGCGCCGGCGUCGGCUUCGGUGCAAACAGCCACAAGGCAAUCCAACUCAUCUCCCCCCAGCUGUGGGAGCGCUACCGCACGCGCGCGACUUUUAAUGGCUGGGCGUCCAAGUCGAGGACUUGGUUCGAUUUCAAUGUCGGCGCUGGGCCGGAGGAGGGGAAGAGGAUCAUUGAGGUGCUGAUGGAUAGCGAGGAGACGCAGAGUACAGUGCACCGCGCGCAUUUCUUGGAGGAGCUGGUUAAGUUCCUGCCCGAGGGCGUGGCGGAGAUGAGUAAGCGCGUAGUCUCCAUCGAGCAGCCCGCCGGUGAGCAGGUGCGGAUCCUCUUCGCAGACGGCACGGACGCGCGCGCCGACGCAGUGAUAGGGGCAGAUGGGAUCCGCAGCGCCUGUCGCGCCUUCGUCGUAGGCGAUGAUGCGGCGCUGCAACCGCGGUUUACGGGCGCGUAUGCAUACCGUGGGUUGAUUCCUAUGGAUGAGGCGGUUGCGGAACUGGGAGAGGAGAAGGCGAGGAAUAGACAGAUGUAUCUUGGGGACAAUGGACAUAUCCUUACGUUUCCGGUGGCGAAGGGGAAUAUUAUGAAUAUCGUCGCUUUUCAUGGGGCCGAGAAGGAGUGGGAUGGGCCGUGGGUGAAGCAGGAUCAGAAGGAGGCUAUGGAGAAGGAUUUCGCAGGUUGGGGCGCUGCGCCUAGUGGGAUUAUAAAGCUCCUCAAAUCCCCAGACGUCUGGGCCCUCUACGAACACCCCCCCACCACCACCUACCACAACCAGCACCUCGCCCUCCUCGGCGACGCCGCGCACGCAUCAACCCCCCACUUCGGCGCCGGUGCCGGCAUGGCCCUCGAAGACGCGCUCGUGCUCUCUAGCCUCCUCCCCCUCUGCGACGGCCCUUCUGACAUCCAGCGGGCCUUCCGCGCCUACGACGCCGUGCGCGUGCCGAGGACGCAGGCGGUGGUUAGGGAGAGCAGGGCGCAGGGGAAGAUUCUGGAUAUGAGGGGGGAAGGGGUGGGUGGGGAUCUGGAGAAGUUGAGGGAGGCGUUGGAUGGGAGGGUUAGGUGGAUUUGGGGAGUUGAUUUGGAGGAGCAUUGUAGGGAGGCUGUGAGGGGGUUUUGGAAGGGGGCCGGGGGGGAGGGAGCGGUGGAGGCGGCGUGA